AUGAAAUGCAAAAGCAAUUGGACCGAGUAUCUAUCUAUCUAUCUAUCUAUCUAUCUAUCUAUCUAUCUAUCUAUCUAUCUAUCUAACAUUGAUCUGUUUUGUCGUUUUUGUGCUACAUCAACACCACGGAACACAAGUAUGGCCCAGAGUAAUAAUACCGUAAAACAAAGUGUUCUAGUCUACAUUUAUGAUAUGUCCAAGGGAAUGGCGCAAGCUUUAUCGCUGCCGUUAUUAGGCAAGCAGAUUAAUGGUGUUUGGCACACAGGCAUUGUGGUCUUUGGCAUGGAAUACUUUUUUGGAUCAGAUGGAAUUUCUAAUUGUGAACCGUCACAUACAAUUCUCGGAGAGCCAGAUGAAAUUAAAGAUUUGGGCAUUACACAAAUUUCCUAUGAUAUCUUCAUGGAUUACUUGUUUGAACUGUCCAAUGAUCGCUUCAGGCCUGAUAAGUAUAAUUUAUUUGAUCAUAAUUGUAAUACAUUCAGCAAUGAAGUUGCCCAGUUCCUAACUGGAAAGAAAAUACCAUCACACAUUCUUGACCUUCCUGCAGAAGUAGCAAAUACUCCUUUGGGCAGUAUGAUGAAAUCCAUGACAAAUAAUUUAGCAGUGAAUCCGUCAGGAGGGUCCAAGCUGUUUGAUUCUCGUUCAUUUGCUCCGUCCUCUUCUACUAAACAGUCCAGCCAUAAUACAAAAACUUCUACCUCAAACAAUUCUGCCACUCACAGUAGAUCUUCUGCAGGCUCCUUUUCUCCUGUCAUAUAUUGUGGUCAAAAGCCCCCACAAAAAGAUGGUAGUGUGUUGUUUGAAGCACUUAAAGCAGAAGAAAAGGUUCUUCUUGAAGAUAUUUAUGAAUACUUAUCAAUUGAAUCUCCUGAUUAUUCACUGGGGAAAAAUCACCUUAGAAUUUUAGUACAAAUUGUGUUAAACAAUAAAGUCAGUGAUCCUCAAGUAAAGUCUAUAGCAUGUUCCCUGCUACAGAUGUUGGUGCUACGAGAAGAUGUAAUACAAGUGCUGAAACAUGACCAAGAACAUCAUAUGGCGCACCUCUUGUUGGAGUUCAACAGUUUAGCACGUGAUGUGAUUAUAGAUAUACUCAAAAUGGUAACCAAUUGCCUCUCAUCUAAGAUUGGUUUUGAUUAUUUGACUUCAUCUGAAGAACGACCUCAUCUUUCUGACUUUCCAUCUGGAAACAAUACCACCUUUUCCUACAUGUCCCUAACACGUGAAGCUGUGGUUAAUGGGUUACUGUUAGAACAACGUGAUGUCAAUGAUGUAGCUGCAGCUGCUGCAUUCAACAUGCACAAAAUGCCGAUGAAUGACGACCUGCUGAUAGCUUUGUCCAGUGCUCUCACACAAUGUCUGCAACGAGAAGAGAUCUUGGAAGAUACAGCUUAUCUUGGCUUACAAUGUUUACAAUGGUUUAUAAAAGGAAACAGUGAAAUCUGUGCCUUGGUGAAAAUGAUGGAACUAAACUACCAACGUUUGUCUCUGAAGUCAUCUAGAGUAAAAUCCACAUGUGAUCAGAUAUGUGACAUUUUUGCCAAAGAAAUUGUCUUUUGA